AUGUUAGAUGAUGGCAGCAUUUUCGAUGGUCUCGUGGAAGAAGAUGACAAGGAUAAAGCAAAGAGAGUAUCAAGAAACAAGUCUGAAAAGAAACGCAGAGAUCAAUUUAAUAUACUCAUCAAAGAACUGGGAUCCAUGCUUCCAGGCAAUGCUCGAAAGAUGGAUAAAUCCACUGUAUUGCAGAAGAGUAUUGACUUUUUAAGGAAGCACAAAGAAAUCACUGCCCAGUCAGAUGCCAGUGAGAUUCGACAGGACUGGAAACCCACAUUCCUUAGUAAUGAAGAAUUCACUCAGUUAAUGUUAGAGGCUCUUGAUGGUUUUUUUCUAGCAAUCAUGACAGAUGGAAGUAUAAUAUAUGUAUCAGAAAGUGUAACCCCCUUACUUGAACAUUUGCCAUCUGACCUUGUGGAUCAGAGUAUAUUUAAUUUUGUCCCUGAGGGGGAACAUUCAGAGGUUUAUAAAAUACUAUCCAUACAUCUUUUGGAAAGUGAUUCAUUGACCCCAGAAUAUUUAAAAU